AACUAUGAUUCCAGUUUUUGUUUUACUGCUGCUCCAUCAGUCCUGGGCUCAUCAAGUUUGUAUCAACAUCGCGCACUAUGAACUUGGCGUUACUACACCCAAUGUAACCAUAACUGAAAGGAGGAACGGUGAUGUUCAACCCAUGAAACAUUACGACUACUCUGAAUUUAAAUGCACCCCCAGCAAUGAGACAUGGUUCAACGGAUCGUAUGGUUGUAUAAACUCUACGGCGGAAUCUGAAUAUGUCAUUUAUACCUUAGAAAAUUAUACGAUUUGUUACCUUCUCCACGGACCUUGCAAGAAAGCUGCUAUCCUGUCUGAUUUGAGCAAACUGAAAUAUAUUAACAAUUCCAGGGAGGAAAACAAGAUACUCAUAACCAUAAAGGAAGCAUGUCAAGAUCUCUUCAGAACCAGCCGGGAACUUAAAAAGGCAUUUAUAAGAAUCGAGAAAAAAAUAAUCCUCAGAGUUAUGGAUUUACCGCUGCCUGAGGGUAAUGACUCCCGGGUCGACAACCUGAACUCCUUGUCUGUGAACGUUUCCAAAAUCAGCAAUUCUACUCUCAACGAAUCAGAAGCCAGAAUCCUGAUGGAAGCUCCACAGAUACAGGCCUACGACAAAUCGUUUGUUCCUGAGGUUUGGAUGCCAGUAAACCACCUGAAGAACAUUUCAGAAGAAGAGAGGGUCUUUGGUUUGGUCAGUUACACGGAUCACAGCCAUUUCGAGAUGCACAAUGAAACUAUUUCAUCAAUGGUUCUCAGGAUCGAGCUACGGGGGAACCGUCAGCUUAAGGACCUCACCACACCGAUCGAAAUAAUUUUCAGGGUUAUGACGCCUCAAAAUAACGAUUCUGAGUUACAGUGUCACUACUUUGAUGAAAGUGAUUUUUACUGGAGAACUGAUGGAUGUGAAACUCACACUAAGCAAGAUAUUGUUAACUGCGCCUGCAACCAUGCAACACCCUUCGCCGUCCUACUGAUAAGAUUGCCAAUAAGUGAAGUCCAUUGGGAAAUAUUGUCUUACAUCAGUUACAUAGGCUGUGGCCUUUCUGCUUUCUUCAGUGCCUCAUCUAUUGUAGUAUAUGUGUUCAACAGAAGCAACAAAAUGGACGUUACUAUGUAUAUCAAUGUAUCUCUGAGUGGAGCCUUGUUACUCCUCAAUUGCACCUUCCUCUUGACUGAAUGGGGGGCCACUGUGAAGCUUGAGUGGGUGUGUGAGUUCUUGGCUGCGGUCAUGCAUUACUCCCUGCUGUCCUGUUUCACUUGGAUGGCUAUAGAGGGACUGCACCUCUACCUAAUGCUGAUAAAGGUGUUCAACACUUACUACAAACGGUACCUGCUCAAACUGUCUCUUGCUGGAUGGGGGAUUCCUUUGGUAAUUGUGGCAACUUCUUUGUGUUUGAAAGACAUUAAACAGUUUUAUGGAGUUAAACAGUUAACCAUGACAGAUACCAAUGAAACCAAUGCCAUCUGUUGGAUCACAGAUGACACCUUCUUCUACUCUGUAAACAUUGUUUAUUUUGCUCUUGUAUUCAUCUUUAACACUGGUAUACUAGUGGCAGUGGGCUCAAGCAUCUGUAAGAUGAGACGAGUGUUAAUGAGAACCUCAAAGCAUAGAGCUAUCAUCAGUGGAAAGUCAUGGGGAGUUCCAGAGAGGUUCAAAACAUCCUGCCAGAGUAGUCUCACUUUACUGGGCCUUACCUGCCUGACGGGAAUGACUUGGGGUCUUGCCUUCCUGGGAUCUGGCUACAUCAACUACCCAGUUCUCUAUCUUUUUUGCAUCCUGAACUCCUUACAAGGCUUCUUUAUUUUCAUGUGGAUCUGUCUCUCGGCCAAGAAGCAACAGAGGAGAGUAAUGGAGGAUAAACUGUCUUCAAACCCUGUGAUGACUUCAGACACCAAAACCGAGUAGAACUCCUAUUCCUCUGGAUGGAUCCAAAAAAUAAUCUGCUUAUAUAGAUGUUUGCAUGUUUAAAGGAAGGAAAUCUUGUUAGAAAUCUGUACUUUCUUUAAAUACUUUUAUCCACUUUGCAACUACAUAUUUUAAGCCUGGAAAUAUUUGAAGAAAUCUAGACUGUAACUUGUUGAAAUGUAAUCACAGCUUACUUUUGCACUUUUUGUGGAAAAUCAGCACAACUAAAGCGCUGUUUCACUU